AUGUUCAUCGAGUUGAAUCAUUCGAUUCCUAUGUUCGUUAAGCGACCGUAUUUUAGAAACGAAACACGGAAAGAUACUCGAAACAACAUCUGCCUGCAUCCCAAAAGUGAAGGUACUUGCAGGGGUAUAUUCCCACGCUGGUAUUACGUACCUGACUUGGACAUCUGCAAGUCGUUCGUCUACGGUGGUUGCGCAGGGAACGGCAAUAAUUUUAACAGCAAACUAGCCUGCGAAUUGAAGUGCAAACGAAGGAACUGUGGCAAGUUCCAACUACGAUUCUUCUACAACCAAGAGCUCGGUCAAUGCGAGUACUUCUUCUUCAGCGGAUGCAAUGGUAACGAGAACAACUUCAAGACUCUGGAAGCUUGCGAGAUGUUGUGCGGCGACAAGCGCGUCGUGCCGUUUGCAUUCGGUGACAACAACACCGCCGCCGCAUCAGAAGAGGAUCCCGUCGAGAAAGAGUUGCUCGGCCUGCCCAUGCCUCCGUCUAAUAAUGAGCAAACCGACUUCGUGUCUGGCUACGGCAAACCGGCCAACAUGCCAACACCAGGACCUCCAGGUUUGGUACCAAAUCCGCCUGGUUAUGCGCCCAGCAGACCGUCGGCAAAGGAUCGCGAAACGAUGAAGAUGAUCAAACUGGCCUAUGGCGCCAAGCAACCCGUCGUACCUUCGGAAGCUGUGUCAACGUGCCAGCUGAAGCCAGAACGGGGACCCUGCGGCGAUGCUGAGAGUCGAUGGUUUUGGAAUGAAACAGCAGGCAUGUGCGAAAUAUUCGAGUACUCAGGCUGUAAGGGUAAUGCGAAUAACUUCGAGACCGAAAAGGCUUGCACAGACAAGUGCGCUAAUCUGACAGCCAACGUCUGCGACCAUCCAAAAGACGAAGGACUCUGCGGCGCUACCUUUACGCGAUACUUCUACGACAAAACUAUUAACUCAUGUGUGGUGUUCAACUAUACCGGCUGUGGCGGUAAUGGAAACAAUUUUGACUCAAUACUGGAAUGCCAAAAGAUGUGCCUAAAAAUCGAUUCCUCGCUCAAGACCACGAAGGUGCCCAGUGCCACGUUGAAGACCAGCGUUACAUACACUGCCACCACCACCCCCACUGUUGCACACCUGAUCACUAAAGUGGUGCCCACCGCCAUCACGGUUGCGCCCACUGCUAGCACGGCUGCACUCACCACAAAGACAGUUGCACCGACCACUACCACGGCUGCGCCAAUUACUGCCACCGUUAGUGAAGCCCCAGAGAUAAAUGCCACUGCCAGUGUCACCUGCAAGCAAGUGAAAUGUCGUGCUCAUUGCAUGGUGAUCCGGGACAAGAAUAACUGCAAAUCAUGUUACUGUCCUCAUAGGACUACGACCCCGCCCCCUCCAUGCAAACCACUCGACGAGGAGCAGUGUUCAGAUCGUUCUUGCAUCGUUGUAACAGACGACCAAGAAUGUAAAGUUUGCCUCUGUCCUUCUGUCACAUCGGAACAGAACUUCACGACGAUCGCCACCGCGAUCCACCUUCCCGUGAUAAAGACGACAGUAACGGUUGCCGUUCCAUUGGUAGACUUCCAAACACAUCCCCAACCUUCUGGACACGUUACAACUGCUCCAACGGCAAUAACAGAAUUUCCUGAGGUGCCACAAGGCAUCAGUCCAGCAGCUGAAGACUGCGAAACGCAGUUUCAGUCUCCUCAACACAUUGCGACUGCUCCAGCGACAACAACAGAAUGCGCUGAGGCUCCAAAGGGCCCUGAUCCAGCAGCUGAAUGUUAUGAGCCACUGGACUCUGGAAAAUGCACCGGACCAUUCGUGGAGCGUUGGUGGUUCGACGGCGCUGAUUCCCAGUGCAAACCGUUUCAGUACAGCGGAUGCGGUGGUAACCGCAAUCAUUUUUUUAGUUUCGAGGAAUGUCAGAUGUAUUGCAAGAAAGCUGACAUGGCUCUCUCCUCUAAGCAGGGCGAUUCUGUUGUCGACGAGCUCUUCGAUGUGCGCAUCUCAUACUGUCUUGGUAACUAUCAGGCGUGCAUUAACGAGGCACAGAAACUGAAACCCAGAAGCGAUGAUAUCGGACUACUUGCCGACACGUUCAUCUUCCUUUCCUACAUCGCCCAGCAUAAGUACAACAUAGCUUUGGAGGAAAUCAACGAUGCCUCGCCGUUGGAACUGAAAACUAUUCGUCUUCUGGCCAAGUACCUUCAGGACUCUCGCGUUAGGUGGUUUUAA